UUUCCCUCCAGACUGUUGCUGCCACUGAACCACCUGCGAUCGAAGAUGAGGUUUGUUUUGGCAACUGCGCUUGUGCUCGCCCUUGUGGCGGCCACCUGCAACGCAGCCAUCACCAAGGAUCAAGUGACCUCCCUCCCAGGCUGGGACAAGGCACUUCCUUCCAAGCACUACUCCGGCUAUCUCCCUGUUGGAAACGGCAAGGGUUUCCUCCAUUACUGGUUCAUUGAGUCCGAGAAGAACCCAUCCACCGCCCCUGUCGUCGUCUGGCUCAAUGGCGGCCCCGGUUCCUCCUCUCUCGUUGGCCUCCUCACGGAGAAUGGCCAGUUCCAGACCAACGACAACAGCCUUGACGAGCACGGCAACAUCACCCUGCUCUACAACCCAUACUCCUGGAGCACCAUCGCCAACAUGCUGUACGUCGAGCAGCCCAAGGGCGUUGGCUUCAGCUACUGCGCCGAGGGCGUUGACUGCGUCAACACGGACGAGAGCGUUGGCGAGGAGUUUGCCGAUUUCCUCGACGGCUUCUUCAACGGCUUCUCCGAGUACAAGAAGAACGACUUCUACAUCACCGGCGAGUCGUAUGCCGGUAUCUACAUUCCCGAGAUUCUCAAGGCCGUGGAUGCCCGCGGUAACCUGAACCUCAAGGGUGCUGCGAUUGGCGAUGGCUGCAUCGGUAACGAGGUGUCGACGUGCGGCUUCCAGAACCAGGCUGACCGCAUUGCUGUGGAGUUCUACUACGGCCACGGCAUGUACCCGCAGACCCUGUACCCCAAGAUCAAGGAUGCCUGCGGCAACUUCACCAAGGAGACGCAACAGUGCCGCGCCGCCCUCUCCGAGAUGAACCGCAAGAUUGGCAACUUUGACAUCUACAACGUCUACGACCAGUGUGGCAGCGACCAAGUCACGGUGUCUGACAUCUACCGCCAGCUGCGCGAGGCACGCGAGUUCACCACAACCGGCUCCCAGGCGUUUGCCGUGCACCCGCAGCUGCAGAAGGGCGUUGCCGGCGCCCUCAACGACUACGCGUGCGGCGCGGAGAAGGUGAUGGGCAUGUGGCUGUCCAAGCCCGAUGUGCAGAAGGCUCUGCACGUUGACCACCAGGGCCGCCAGCAGUACCGCCGCACCGCCGCCGACCUGCGCCCGCUCUACAAGACGCUGGCACAGAAGUACCGCAUCCUCAUCUACUCUGGCUCGGUCGACGCCUGCGUGCCCUACUGGGGCUCUGAGGAGUGGACCCGCGAGCUCGGCUUCCCGGAGAAGGAGGCCUGGCGCCCGUGGACCAGCCCAAGCUCGGACGAGCCAAACCAGGAGAUCCAGGCUGGCUACGUCACCACAUACAACGCUGGCCAGCACAACUUCACCUUCCUCACCGUCUCUGGCGCCGGCCACCUUGUGCCACAGCACAAACCAGCCCAAGCCUUGACCAUGUUCAAGCGCUUCCUCAACAACCAGCCGUUCUAAAGCGGAUGGCCCGCCCGCUGGACCGUGUGCGUGCGCGUGAGACAUGUUGUCGUUGGGACUGCAAAACGUACUCACAACAACACCAAGCAUCCCAACAGCAACCACACCACACCAACCACACAAACCAACCAACCAGUUGCGCCAAGUAAACACGACACCACAAACCA